CCUCCUGGGCAGCCAGGGCAGCAAGGACGGCACCAAGGGAGCUGCCCCAUGGACAGGGGCCCACAGAGACAGCACCGAGCCUCGCAGGAACUGCUGGCUGCAAAGAAGACCCACACCUCACAAAUUGAAGUCAUUCCUUGCAAAAUCUGUGGGGACAAGUCAUCUGGGAUCCACUACGGGGUUAUCACCUGUGAGGGGUGCAAGGGUUUCUUCCGCCGGAGCCAGCAGUGCCAUGUGGUCUACUCCUGCACCCGCCAGCAGAACUGCCCCAUCGACCGCACCAGCCGAAACCGAUGCCAGCACUGUCGCCUGCAGAAAUGCCUGGCACUGGGCAUGUCCCGAGAUGCUGUCAAGUUCGGCCGCAUGUCCAAGAAGCAGAGGGACAGCCUGCACGCCGAGGUGCAGAAACAGCUUCAGCGGCAGCAACAGCAGCAGCGGGGACAGGUGGCCAAGACCCCACCAGCGGGGGGCCAGGGGGCCGACCCCCUCGCCUGCCAUAUAGGGCUCCCUGAUGGGCAGCUGCCCCUGGGCUCCUCACCUGACCUGCCUGAGGCCGCGGCCUGCCCCCCUGGCCUCCUGAGAGCCCCGGGCUCCGGGUCUUCCUACCCCAGCAGCUUGGCCAAGGCCAGGCCUGACGGGGCCUCAUACCACCUGGAAUACAGCCCUGAGCGGGGCAAGGCUGAGGCUGGCAAGGGCUUCUACAGCACAGGCAGCCAGCUGAGCCCUGACAGAUGUGGACUUCGUUUUGAGGAUGCCGGGCAUCCUGGGCUUGAGGAACCUGGACGGGGCCCAGACAGCUACUGCAGCCUCAGUUUCCACAGCGCCCCAGAGGGGCCUUAUGCCUCCCUGACAGAGACUGAGCACCUGGUGCAGAACGUUUGUAAAUCCUACCGAGAGACAUGUCAGCUGCGGCUAGAGGACCUGCUACGGCAGCGCCCUAACAUCUUCUCCCGGGAGGAGGUAGCCGGCUACCAGACGAAGUCCAUGUGGGAGAUGUGGGAACGCUGUGCCCACCGCCUAACCGAGGCCAUUCAGUACGUGGUGGAGUUCGCUAAGAGGCUCUCAGGCUUUAUGGAGCUCUGCCAGAAUGACCAGAUUGUGCUUCUCAAAGCAGGAGCAAUGGAAGUGGUGCUGGUCAGGAUGUGCCGGGCCUACAACGCUGACAACCACACGGUCUUUUUCGAAGGCAAAUACGGUGGCAUGGAGCUGUUCCGAGCCUUGGGCUGCAGUGAGCUCAUCAGCUCCAUCUUCGACUUCUCCCGCUCCCUGAGCUCCUUGCGCUUUUCUGAGGACGAGAUUGCUCUCUACACAGCGCUAGUGCUCAUCAAUGCCAACCGGCCAGGGCUCCAAGAGAAAAGGAAAGUAGAGCAACUGCAGCACAACCUGGAGCUGGCUUUUCAUCACCAUCUCUACAAGACUCACCGCCAAGGCAUUCUGGCUAAGCUACCACCCAAGGGGAAACUUCGGAGCCUGUGUAGCCAGCAUGUGGAAAAGCUGCAGACCUUCCAGCAUCUCCACCCCAUUGUGGUCCAAGCUGCUUUUCCUCCACUCUACAAGGAACUCUUCAGCACUGAAAUUGAGUCACCUGAAGGCCUGUCCGAGUGACCUGGAGGAGGGACUCCUUUCCCUUCCCUACAGCCUACUGGCCUUCCUCCCCGGAUCUCAUCCCACCUUCACGUAUUUCUUACCUGUGCCCCCGGAGGGUGGUCCCUGCCUGUUCUUGAGGGGUGUGCAGUUGCUGAGACUGGUUUUCCCCCACAGGCUUGCCUGGCAGUGGGGCCAAGAGCCAGAGGGUGGCGAUGAAGGAACACCAUCUCCAGCCUCAGCUUUGUUGCGUCUCCUUUCCCAUGACCCUUCACCCCCAGCUUCUGAGAGGCCUUGGGUGGCACAUAAGGACCUCUAGAAGGACCAUGGUGUCCUCAGGAUACUAGGCAGAUCCAGGAUACCCUGGAUGAAUAGAACUCACCUCUGGGCUCAGAAGCUAAGAAUAGGACUUUAAAAUACCUCAUUGCAUUUCCCCAUGGGCUUUGGUGAAAUAUGUCAAGCUCAGAGACUGAUGGCUGAAGCCCAGGAGAACCUGUAGAUAACAUGAAUCCAAAUCUUUAGAUUUUCUGUUUCCCCCUUCCUCUUAGCUCAGCAAGGAAAUGGUUGGGCACCCUGCCCUUUUCCCAGGGUCUUUAAAA